CUUGAACUCUAGCCAGUCUGGCGCAUUCAAUGGGAAUCCUGUCAGCGGCCAGCAACUUCUGAAGAGUCAACAGCCAGAAAAUAAGAAGCCAUGGAUGACAUUGAUGGAAACAUGGGCGGAGAAGAAAGCCGACUGGAGAGCCCAAAUGAAGCAGCACUUUUAGCCCUGCUGGAGAAGACUGGCUACAGUAUGGUUCAGGAGAAUGGCCAAAGAAAAUUUGGUGGUCCACCUCCAGGUUGGGAAGGCCCGCCUCCUCCUCGGGGCUGCGAGGUGUUUGUGGGCAAGAUCCCGCGGGAUAUGUAUGAGGACGAGCUGGUGCCAGUGUUUGAGCGUGCUGGACGCAUCUACGAGUUCCGCCUGAUGAUGGAGUUCAGUGGCGAGAACCGCGGCUACGCCUUCGUCAUGUACACGACCCGCGAGGCAGCCCAGCGCGCUAUCCAGCUGCUGGACAACCACGAGAUACGACCUGGCAAGUUCAUCGGUGUGUGUGUGAGCCUGGACAACUGCCGCCUGUUCAUUGGCUCCAUCCCUAAGGACAAACGCAGGGAGGAGAUCCAGGAGGAGAUGAUGAAGGUGACUGACGGAGUUGUGGAUGUGAUUGUUUACCCCAGUGCCACUGACAAGACAAAGAAUCGCGGUUUCGCCUUUGUGGAGUACGAGUCUCACAAGGCUGCAGCCAUGGCCCGCAGGAAACUAAUUCCAGGAACCUUCCAGCUGUGGGGUCACACCAUUCAGGUGGACUGGGCAGAGCCCGAGCGCGACGUGGACGAGGAGACCAUGCAGCGCGUGCGCGUGCUCUACGUGCGCAACCUGAUGCUGCACACCACCGAGGAGACGCUGCGCGCCGAGUUCUCGCGCCUCAAGCCCGGCGCCGUCGAGCGCAUCAAGAAGCUCACCGACUACGCCUUUGUGCACUUCCACGCUCGCGAGGACGCCGUCGCCGCCAUGCACAUGUCCAAUGGCGCCAUCGUCGACGGCUCCCCCAUCGAGGUCACGCUCGCCAAGCCCGUCAGCAAGGACGGCGGGCGGCGCUUGAACGCCCGCGGCGGGUGUGGUGGCGGGGCGCUCACCAGCAUGCCUAUGCCGGGCCCUUACGGCGACACCAACGCCUUUGUCUUCCAGGGCAAGCCGGAGGACCUCGCCAGCAUGGCGGCCGUCACCGCGAGCAUGGGGGGCCUGAAGCUGAUCACCAAUGGCGGCGGGGCCAGCUCGGGGCGUCCCCUCGGCCUGCCGUCGCGUCUGGGCAGCCCGUGCCUGCUGGACGUUGAGCGCUGCGUGUUCCCGUUUCACCCGGGAGCCAGCCUGGUGCCCGUGGGCCUGCAGGCUCUGAAGCCCGGGCAGCUGAGCUCCGCCGUCAGCCUGCUGGAGUACCACUGCCUGAAGAACGGCUGGGUGCCCCCCGAGUACUACCUCUACUCCACGGUGGCCCAGGAGGGCAAGAUGCUGCUCGUGUACAAGGUGGUGAUUGGGAGCACGCGCAGCAGCUUCAUGCCUGACAAGGUGUGCACUGUACUGGAGGACGCCAAGGAGCUGGCUGCGCAGCAUGCACUCUGGAGCCUGGAUUGCCCCUUCCUGGGACAGGGCUCUCCCGGCAGCUUGUCCCCACCAGCUCCUUCCUCCUCCCCCGGUCUGCUCUCCUUCGGCUGCCGGCCUGUGCCAUACUCCAGUUACCCACUGGCGCCCCUUUCCCCUCCCUUGCCCCUCAGCAGUGCACCAGGCCAGAGGAUCUACCUGCCCAGCCAGGGGCCCUUCUACUGACACCCCACAGCCGGCUAGCAGCCGCUCGCCUGUCCUGUUUAAGAUGUCAUGCAUCACUGGCAGGGCGGUGAGUGUUGUAGACGGGAAUUUUGUGAGAGGAGGGAUGGUGUUGUAUAUACUGCAUUUGAUUGGGGAGUUCUACAGGUUCUGUCUUUUCUGGGUUGUGGGUGGUUGAGAGAAGGGGGGUUUGGCAUGGAUCGAUUUGGUGAUCAACAGCCAUUACUUGUUACCAGGGAUAGUUAGUAUGUAAAUGUUAUGAUUGAAUUUGGUUGUUCUUAUCUUUGCUUCUUGUAUUUUAGCUUUCACAGUGAAAGACACUGUUGUUGUCAUACAUUUAUAUAUAGAGAGAGGCCUAUUAUAUAUACUUUUUAUUAGUUUUACAUUGUGUAAAUACAGGUAACCUGUUGAUGAUAACAUCGCAGGUAAAAGCAAUAUUCAUUUAUUUUAUAUUGCUUUUUCUAAGGGCUUCAGUAGCACAGCACCACUGGGGAUCUUGGACCUACUGUAUGCCUGUUGCCCUUGGCAGUAAUGAAAAUAUAAAAUAUUUUCUAUAUUAUUAUAAUAUUUGAUUUAUUUUGUACAUUAAUUUCAAACAUACAGUAUUUUAUUUAGCAGUUUUUUUUGUUUUUGU